GAAAGAGAAGCAGGUGCGUCUUGUGAAAGAAAAAGUAACCUAUAAGGCCUACUAUCCUUACAAAUUCGACAAAGGUUUAAACAACAACUGGAUGCGCAAGAGAUGCCCAUUAUUCAACCACUAUUGAAGAAAAAAUGAAGUUGAAUAAAAAAUAAGUGCGCCUUUAUUGUUAUCGGUGCGUCAUUGAUAGAAAGUGGACCUGGUCGAGUUGCGCAUAAUCAAAGACCGGGAAAAAGAUAGAAAUAAUGGGGAUAAUUAUGAUGACAUUAUCAUCAUGUAAUCAGUGAGGUGUUGUCAUCACCCUUUUUAGUCUUUCACAGCGCUCAGAGGAACUAUAAAGCAUAUAUCCUAUAUCAAACAGCCGAAAGACAAAGGAAUAUGUUUUUUUCUUCCUGCAAUUGAACUGAUUUGAUGUUUGUGGCUGAAGUCUUCUCGGACCCAUCCUUUAUCUGUUGACGAUGACAGCUCAGUGCGGGACUCGUUUCUGCAUCUAGUCCUUUUGGACAGAUGGAAGCUGAAGAGCGCAGAUUGUUGGGCGACUUUUUACAUCUUCAAACUGUCUCUAAUGCGUGAUAUGGUUAUACUACGAAUGUGAAUGAAUAGCAACUUUUUAAAAGGCAUUUCAUCCGCUCAAGUAUCAUUCCAUGCGUCUCUGCGCCCUGGUGCCCUUCAUUGCGCUGGUGAGAUUCGGGGAGUGUUCCGAUUUCAUGUUAGACUACAAUUAAGGACGUUUUACUUCAGUGAAUUUCAUUUACAUAGAACAUGGUCUAUGGAUUGCCUGAAGGAUUGUUACUGCUGGAAGGACUACGUUUGGAUGACACAUUUUUCUAGCAUUUGUUCAAGCAAUUAAUAAUUUAUUUCCCCCAGAAGAAUAACUAUCCAAGCAUCAGCGGUGUGUGUGUUAGUUAAUAGAUAUUUAGGAAUUUAAUUGACUGAUUGAAUGAGAUUAAUGUAAUUAUUUAUUUUAAUAUCCAAUAAAGAUUUCGUGGAUCUGUCCACACCUAAAUGUUGAAAAGAGACAUGAAAAGAGGAAGUGCGUGACUGGAGGAGUAAAAUGAUAUUUUCAACUGGCAAAGUUGCUAUUCUCCGUUACGCCUUGGACAAAGCGGCACAAGCUUUUCUUCUCUCUCUCAUUUUAAUUCAAUCGUGCGUAAAGUUCUAAGUGGACGCCUCUUGAGCCCAACAGCCAUGUCUCUCUUUUUGCGUCAGAGACCCUCCAUUUACUGCACUCUCACUGGACAACAAGUCUUCCUCAAGGGAUUAAGCUAGCAGAUAACAGAAACCUAUCUCUUUUUUCGCCUUCACUCACUCUAAACAGAAUUCACGGUCCCUGUGAGUUUUGGAUUUUUCUCCAAUCUACUUCCGCUGGCAUCACCAUGGCCAUGGCCCCAGAUAUGACAUGCCUGUCAGGGCCAGGGGUGAAUGGGGUUACCGACCUGAACAUCAGUAUCACCUCCGGCCCCACCCCCUGCAACCAGACGGUGCUGCGAAACCUACCCUAUUCCCCAGAGGCCACUGCGUUGUUCGCCACCGCGAUCACCCUCAUGAUGAUCCUCACCAUCGUGGGCAACAUCCUGGUCAUCAUCGCCGUGCUGACCUCGCGCUCGCUCCACGGCCCGCAGAACCUCUUCCUGGUCUCGCUGGCCGCAGCCGACAUCCUAGUAGCUACCCUCAUCAUCCCCUUCUCGCUGGCCAAUGAGCUUCAGGGAUACUGGGCGUUCCGCUCACUGUGGUGUGAGAUCUACCUGGCGUUGGACGUCCUCUUCUGCACGUCCUCCAUUGCUCACCUGUGUGCCAUCUCAUUGGACCGCUACCUGUCCAUCUCCCGGCCCGUGUCCUAUGGUGCCCAACGGACCCCCGCACGCAUCAAGGCGGCCAUUGUGGUCGUCUGGCUUCUCUCGGCCGCCAUCUCCUUCCCUCCCCUCCUCUCCCUGGAUAAGAGCGAGGGAGGGGUGGAGGUGUGUGAGCUGAACAACGAGCGUUGGUAUAUUCUCUACUCCACCAUCGGUUCGUUCUUCGCCCCAUGUCUCAUCAUGAUCGGGGUCUACAUCAGGAUCUACCAGAUCGCCAAGCAACACACAAGAUGUCCGCCAGGGGAGAAACCCAACCCUAAAAAAACUCCCGGCAACGCGUCUAGCAACACUCCUAGCAACCCCACAGCCCACGCACCUGGACCUGUGAUCACCCCCCAACCCAAGCCUCUUAGCCAACCACAGCACAACAGAGGGGAGGGAGGGAAAGCAGACGGACAAUCUACGGAUGCCAUGCCUUCGAAGAGUCUCCCUGUCUCCUCCCCCUCGUCUCCUCCUCCCCAAAGUGAGACCCAGGCCAGGACCCCCACUGACCCACAGAGUCAACCACAACCCCAGACCCAGCCUUCUUUACCAACCCCUGUCCCCACCUCACCCCAGCCUCCCUCACCCACCAUAGCUCUCUCCCCCACACUCCCCCUUCCAGACAGCCAACUUGAGGAGACCCACAGACAGGGUGAGAGACAGGAGGAGAGACAGAGAAACACCACCAAUGAUGACAGCUUCAGCUCUGGGUCCGAGGCAGAGGCAGAGACGAGGGGAAGAGGAAAGGGAGGGAGAGGGGGAGGGAACGGGACAGUUAAGAAUAAUGGAGAGUCAAAGUCUGGGGGUGCAGGGUUAAAAAUUCAACCUCUCUCUUCUCUGACCUCUCACAAGUUCAAAAAGAUUGUUGCCACACCCACCAGCACAGCGCUGGCCUCUGAUAGGCCAGGGAAGCCCCAGGCCACGCCAAUGUCUCGGCGCAAGGCCAUGGUGAACCGAGAGAAGCGCUUCACUUUUGUGUUGGCUGUGGUAAUCGGGGUGUUUGUCAUCUGUUGGUUCCCUUUCUUCUUCUCCUACUCGCUGCAGGCCAUCUGUCCUGAGACCUGCUCUCUCCCUGAUCCCCUCUUCAAGUUCUUCUUCUGGAUUGGCUACUGCAACUCCUGUCUGAACCCUGUCAUAUACACCAUCUUCAACCAGGACUUCAGGAAGGCCUUCAAGAAGAUCCUCUGUAGGGACACCAAGGGGACAAAUUUCUAGAGUGGAUACUGUGUAGGGACACCAAAGAGAAUAACUUCUAGAGUGAAUAAACUGUAAGGAUAGCUUUUAGCUUUCCUGUGUAAGGAACCACAUACAAACUGCUGAGUCUGUCCUUUGUUGAACAUUCUGUUAGAUCAGAUAACAAAAUGCUAAACUAUGGAAUUCUGGAAUAGAUCAAGAUGCUCUGAUGUUCACAUUGGGGGGUAGUGGGAGAAGAGGGAGGGAGGGACGCAAUCUACCUGAAAGAAAGAAAACAUCAUUACAGCUUAUUUAGUGAUCGGAACAAAACAGGGCCAUCAGUCAUGAGGACAUGUUGCUCAAAUGACAGUAGAGCACUGCUCGUGUUGUUCCUCUCUAUAAGGAAACCAAGGCUGCUCUCUGAUGAAUAAUUUGGCUGGCUGUAAAACUGGACUCCCACAGCCAUUACCUCUAGCCUUGUGACUGGCCACUAUGAACUACAAGGACACAGUGUUGGGAGAAUGUUCUAAGACUUUCCCAGGUACUGUCCACUGCAAGGACACAGAUUGGGCAGGAGAAUGUGCGGUAGAAUGUGUGCAGUAGAAUGUGUUCCUAGAGAUCUCUAUGUUCUAGAACUUGUAGUGUGUGAAGGCAGUUUGUCCAGCUGUCCAAGGACAGACAGACAAAGAAUAUUACAUCCUUUACACCAGGGUUUCUGAAAAUCGGUCAUCGGGACCCCAAGGGGUGCAUGUUUUGGUUUUUGCCCCAGCA